ACCAAAGAUGCUAUGGGAAGAAGUCUCACUUUGAUGCUUUCGUUUUUCAGUCUUUCUCUGAGCUCUGUCUAUUUCCUCACUGUAUCUUUUUAAGUACCACAGGAGGGUACAUGAUAUUAAAAUGGUCGGCAGAAGAAUGGACUCAUUUUGGCUGAGUCGUCGGUAGAUAGUAAUACGUCUUUUCAUUGUAAACGAUCUCGGUCUACACACGCCCAGCCUCAGCACCAGCGCAUCUUCAACCCACUUGGGCUCUAUAACAACAGAACCAGCACGUAAGCUCUCACUUUAUGGCCCGCUCCCCCUGCUCUUAGCCGUCCGUUAUGUCUUUGGGCCUGCUCCCCGUCUCGCCAUGCCCGAUGCGGAGCGCCGCCUGACUCCACUGCUGCUCUUUGUGCCGUCCUUGCUUCUGGUUUCCUGCCUGGAUGCGCCAGUGGGAGCCGCGGAGGAGGGCGGCGGCCUUCCCCCCUCAUCGCCCGGGGACAAUGGCCUUACCGUCGCCACCGCGUCGACCUCUCUCGGGGCCACCGCCUUAACCGAAGAUCCCCAGUUUGCCCUAAAGGUCCUGGUGAGAGACCUGGUGACACGCCAGCUGCUGCCAGGAGCCUCCGUCGGGGUUUAUGUGAACCACACCCUGAGCAGCUCCACCCGGAUUGGAGAGAAAGGUGAGGCUGUGCUUUGGGUGCCUUACAGCCCCGGGCUCAGGCUCACCCUGGUGGGCACCAUGCAAGGGUACGUCCCCAGCCCACUGCCUUGGAGUACCACAAGGAGACCCAUCUUCUCUGCUGUGACGCUGCUGCUGCUCCCUCAGAGGCAAGGCAACAUCUGGCUGUUUGAAGACUCAGUGCUUAUCACAGCCAAGUUACCUGACAGUGCGUCCCAACCAAAGAUAACGUUCCCCAAGAACCUCCUCACACAACCCGACAAGAGCAACAUCUCGUCAGUGACAGCUUACCUGACUGUGCCACCGUUAGUGAGGGACUGUGCCAACUGCACUCCAGGCAUUGUUUUUAAUGGAUCAGUUUUUAAAAACACUGAGCUGAAGCCCGUGGCUGCGAUCAGCGUUCUUCUCUAUGUGGGUGGAGAGGAGCUCAAGGUUCGAGGACCCAUCCAGGUCAGCGUGCCUCUCGGUGGCAGCACCCGCCUCCGCGCCUCCGACACUGUACCAGCAUGGGCCUUCAACCUCCAGACAGGCGCCUGGGAGAAUCAAGGUCUGGGAGUAGUGAAGACAGUUGGUGAGGACCUGGUUUGGACUUACACCGCUUCCCACCUGGGAGACUGGAUCGCUGCCCCCCUACCGUCCAGCGAUCACCUUGGCUAUGGAAUCUCCUUGGAUUUCAUGUCACACCACACACUCCUGUUGGUGGGAAUAUUGGCAGGAACGCUCGUUGUCAUGAUUGGAUUUCUGUCACUGCUGUUGUGCCACUGCAGCGGUUCCCACCGAGAGCCCGGGAAAAGGCGAGCCCGUUUUUCAAAACUCACGGUGGUGAAAAAAGACCAAACCACCUCAAUGCACAUGGAAGAGGGUCUGCUCUUCCACUCGGGUGAGAACAUGCUGGCUUCCUGUAGUGUCCAGUGUGACCCUUCAUCCACCCCGAGGCACAAAGCCAACUACAACAUCUAUGUGGAGGAUCCAUCCGUCCGGCGGGCAGCUCCUCUUUAUGAGAAUAUUUCAACUGAUCACAUCAAAGUUCCCCUUCAUCCUCACUACAUCAGCAACGAGGAGGUGUCUCGGUUUAGGGGCAGAAUGGAACAGAACCACAGCAACAUUAACUCUGAUGACUUCUUUCCAGACAAGCUGCUUCAUAUCUACAACCAGCCAAUGGCCAUCAUUCACGCACCACAGGAGUCACAGAAAUCUGGCUGCAAGGCUGCCACGUUCCCCCGCAAUGGAAAUGAGUUUGACUCUCACUCAGAGGCUCCAAGUAAAGAUAGCUACACUCAGACCCUUGGCAAAGUCCAAAACGGCCAACAGCAGAGGAACCAAGAUGAGCCCAAGUCUCUAGAGACUCCUCCGCCAAAUCAAGAGCCUCCUGUUGCUGUGUGGGGUCGCUACAGUAACCUCCUUGAGUCCUCAGUCUCAGUGCCAGGAACCCUUAAUGAGGCAGCCGGGAUGGAAGCCUUCAGCGCUGGCCACGGUGUUCCGAGGGAGCUGCAACUGAUCUCAGAGCACACCUUGUUGGAACUCACCCGGGGAAAGUCCUCGUCAUCCCAUCCCAGGGCCUGGUUUGUCUCCUUGGAUGGAAAACCGGCCGCCCAGGUGCGCCACUCCAUCAUAGAGCUGCAGAGCCGUCACCGCCCUACCAGCAGCAAUGAUACCAGCCUGGACUCGGGGGUGGACAUGAACGAGCCUCAGCAUAGCAUUCGUGAGGUGGAGCGGGAAAGGCCGUCACUCAGGGCCUCCUCGCUUCCGCAUCACGGCAGAAGCGGCAGGUACAGCGAAGAGCAGGACCUGAGCAGCAGUGAGAGUGGCACCACUGCCACCUGCACGCCAGAAGACCCCUCCCUCAGGAACAUUCUCGAUGGAAGCAGUGGGGUUAUUUCCAACAUUCCAGAGGAGCAAGACGGGAUGGACACGUCUAGCACUCAGGAAGACAGCGAGGCGAGAGGGACCCCACCUCCACGCCGCCUGAGGAAAGCAAGGGAGAAGGUGAAAUCGGAAAAAAGGAGUACAAAGCACAUACGAGAGGGACGGCCUCUGACCAAGCGGCGCUAGACGAAGCCUUAAGUCAGAGCAUCCCACGUUGCUCACGUCAGAUGUGGUCCGCGCUUGCUUUUCCUCUGACAGGCAUCGUUGUGGUCCAAAUGUGUGAUUGUACAACUUUGCCAAAGAAAGAUAACAGUGCGACAUCGAGUACCUGCAAACAUGUUCUGAAGAUCACCAGCGAGAUUCCUCUCAUGGACUCAAUGAUCGACAAUGCCCAGCACUGAGGGUGCCUUCUUUCUGUCUUCGACCAGGAAGUGUUAUGAGACCAAGCUGGUGAGUCAGCAGGACGGACACUUAUCCUCGCCAUGGACGCCCCCAGGUGUACUGCCGACAUAUAGCUUCAUUUUUCCUCCAAGAGACUUUCAUGAAAAAGAUAGUUUGGUUUGUGUCCUGCAGGGGUGAACUCAUAUGCCAUUUUGAAUUGUCACUUCUAAAAUUUUACUUCCAUCUGCAUGAAAUGUUUGUGUUUUUGCAAAAUGCCUUCUCACAAACGUCUCAUCUUUGUAGUUGUUAGGAUACUUAGUCUAGUACAUACUAGUGAUGGGAUUCCUUUUACUGACUCGAGUUCUUAUGAGUCACAGAGCGCAUGCGUAGAAACUUGUGUGAAUCUGGGUACUCAAUUCACUCUAGUCACCCAUCUCAGAGCACAUGUGCAACAAAUUGUGAAUGGGGUACUCGACGCACUCGAAUCACACGUCACAAAACAAACGCAAAUGCUAAACUCGCAGGAAACGGUUAAUCCAAACACUCUAGUCGUCCAUCACAGAGGGCAUGCAGAUAAAGUUUUGUGACUUGGGUACCCGAUUUAACCAUCAGAGUGCGUGCACAUAAACUAGCACAUGCAAAUCGUAAAUCGGGUACUCAAUGCACUCGAAUCACCCGGCACGUGCAGAAACUCGCAUGGCACACGCGCAUAUACAUUCACAUGCGCAACAAGUUGGGAAUCGGGUACUCAAUGCUCUUGAAUUACCCAUCACAGAGUACAUGUGCAGAAACUCGCAUGAAUUGGCAACUUGAGUGACUCGAGUCAUCUGUCACAGAGCGCAUACACUUGCACAUGCACACCAAGUGGUCAGUCGGAUACUCGAUGCACUCUUCUCACCCGUCACAGAGCGCAUGUGCAGAAACUCACAUGAAUCAGGUACUCAAUUUACUCAGGUCAUCCACCACAGAGCUUUACAAGUUGUGAAUCGGGUACUCGAUGCACUUGAAUCACCCGUCACAGAGAGCAUGUGCAGAAACUUGCCUGAUUGGGUACUCAAUUUACCCAUCACAGAGUGAAUGCGCAGAAACUCGCACAUGUGCAACCAGAUGUUUCCCGGGUACUUGAUGCACUUGAAUCACCCGUCACAAACUCAAACAUGCCCAACAAGUUGUGAAUCGGUAACUCGAAUCAUUGUCACAUGAGCAGAAACUCGCAUGGAUCAGGUUCUCGAUUCCCACGAGUCACCUAUCAGAGCGUAGGCGCAUAAACCAAGUCCCACCGCCCCCAAACUUGUCCCGCAUUUAAUCCAGGCCAUGCCGUGUUACCUGGUUUGUUUUUGUUACAAUUAGCUAGCGGUAGCAGGUGUGAGUGAACGAGUUAACGGGGAUGAUUACCCGUGAGUCCCAAUUCAGUAAAACACUUGUGAGUUUUGAGUGAAUCGUUCAUCACUGGCACAUCUCGGGAGUACAUACAGUACAUGCUUUUUUCUUGUUAAACUACGUUUUGUGCCUUGGAGAUUUGCUUUGAGCAUUUCUAGACUGAUUUUGUGUAUAAAUAAUAUGGCGCAGGCCACCCCGUUCAUUGUUAUAUCCAUCCAGGAUUCAUGUUGUGGCACAAUUCCUGAUCCAGCAAUAUUAACAGCAAUGUCGAUGUUUAAAGCUUGACCAAAUGUAGUCUUCCUUCGUGGGUUCCAGCUUGGUUUUACAACGACAUUCAUGUAUUUCUGUGUAAAUAGUCAAAACAGUGACUGUGAUAUUGUUUGUUUAGUGUGGUUCUCUUGUUUACUAUGAAUGGUUCUAAAAACCAAGAAGCAUGACAUGUAUCGUUCUUUUAGUUGAAAGGAAGUGAACAGAAAGCUGCUGUAAUAUAGUAUCUACGUUCUUUUUAAAUGUAGCAACAAGUUGAGCACUUAAAUCAGUCAACAGGCAUAUGAAUGAACACGUUAAUGCUGCAGAAGCUGCAACAUAGACCGUACAGUAGUCGUUGCUCCUCGUUAACUUGCUGAAUGUAUUUGUAUUGGUGAAUUUAACUUUCUUCUUGUCGGUGGUGUUUCUUCGCAGUGCUUUAUGUAUUCUUUUGUGUGCUCUACAUUAUUAAACUUGUUUCAAACUCUUCAUCUUCA